AUGGUCAGCGGCGCCGCGCUGGCAGCGCCGCCGCGGCACCCGUUCGUGCUCGCCGCGCUGGAGGACCUGCCGCGGCACAACCACCGCUACGGCGGGCCGGGGCUGACCUCGCUGAUGUCAUCGGGUGACGUCUUCUUGGCCCGCCAGCUGGCAAAGUGGGUGGGCGACGCCGCGGCUGGCUCCGCAGGGGACGCUGAGGGCGGCGGCUCAGCGGCAGGCAAGCAGGCGCAGGUCUACACGAUUCCCCCGAGUCUUUUUCAAAGUGAGUGCCCAGGCCGGGCGCUCUUCUCGCACGGGCCCGGCUCGGGGACGCCCGAGGCCGCCGGCGGCUGCAUCGGAGGCGCUUGCAGCGGCGCACGUGCGGGCCCGGGCGCGGCGGCGCUGGGCGCGGCGGCGGCGCCGGAGCCGCGGCUGGGGGGCGACUGGCUGCAUUGGGACGCGGCGUUGGGGCUAUGGCUGGCCGCCAACGCGGGCUGGGCGGCGGCGCUGAUGCUGGUGUCGUUUGCAGCGGGGGUCGGCGCAGCGCAGUGCGGCCCUGCGCUCUCGGGGCUCUGGCCCGCGCAGGGGCAGCGGCGCGACCGAACAGACUGA